GUAAUUAGCUAAUUAGUAUAACUAUAAAAAUAUACCAAACAAAACAGAGGUCAUUUUGAUAGCUUAGAUUUAUAAAACGGCAAACUAUAAAAUUCUGUAGAGAGUCAUUAAGACUUCCGCAAGAAAUGUCUAGCAAACCAGUUUCAGCUCCCGUGUCCACUUUGGGCAUAAAACCACCAGCGUCUAGAUUCAAGAGUUCAGGGUUAACGGUAGAUGUUUGGCUGGAAGAGAAGCAAGAUACCGAUGGUGCGGAAGGCUUGUGGCGGGUCCAUGAUGGAAUCUACGACUUCUCCGACUUUGUUAGUGAGCAUCCAGGGGGAUCUGAAUGGCUUACACUCACCAAGGGCACAGACAUUAGCGAAGCAUUUGAAGCCCACCACAUCAGCCAAUAUCCAGAGCAACUGUUAAAGAAAUACUUCGUCCGAGAAGCCAAUACCAAAAGAAACAGCCCCUUCACAUUCAAAGAAGAUGGCUUCUACAGAACUCUGAAAAAGGAAGUAAGAGAAGCGCUUAAGACGAUGCCAAAACAACCGUGGAACACCUCCAACUUUAUGGUUGACACGAUGGCAUUCUUUUUGUUUCUUUUCUCAGUAUUGGCUGUGAGACAUUGGAAUUAUUUUAUUGGCAUAUUGGCUGGAAUAUUUCUUGGGCUGUUGUCAGUCGCCGCUCACAAUUACUUUCACCGACGGGAUAAUCUCAGGAUGUACUAUUUCCAAUUUUCAUUGAUGCAAAUCAGAGAAUGGAGAAUACUCCAUGCACUGAGUCACCACCUUCAUACCAACACUAUUGAUGAUUUGGAGAUAUCAUUGCUUGAACCACUCCUACAAUACCUUCCAACUGCUAAAGGUCCAAAGCAGAGAUAUGGCUCACUGUUUCUUGUACCAAUCAUAUGUAUAUUCCAUUUCCAUAUACAAUUCUCUAGAAGAAUGUACGAUGCUUAUAAAAGAAAUGGAUAUAAUCUGAAAAUCACUGAUUUGACUGCUGCUAUAUUGCCCAUAUCGAUGUAUAUAUUGGGAGGACAAUCUUUGUUGGCAACGUUGUGGAUGUGGAACUUCAUUUUGCACGUAGGAUCUUGCCAUUUUGCCCUUGUUGCUUUACAUGCGGCUCAUCAUCAUCCAGAUAUAUUUCACGAUGGUGACACACCCAGGUCGGAUGAAAAUUACGAUUGGGGUCUAAGUCAACUAGAUGCCCUAAUGGAACGCAAGGAAAUAAUUGGAUCACAUUUCCUGGUAUUGACCAAUUUUGGAGAUCAUUGCUUACACCACCUUUUCCCGACGCUGGACCAUGGAGCCCUAGAAUUUCUCUAUCCAGUCCUUCAGAAGAACUUGGAAAAGUUUGAUGUCGAUUUACGUGUAGUCUCACAAUGGGACACAUUCUUGGGGAGUUUUCAGCAGCUGAUGAGAGUUACUCCUAACCCAAAUCCUCCAGACCUGAAGAAGUACUCAAAGAAAAACUAAUACGUUAGGGCUACUAACUGAUUUACGUCGAAUGAUGGAUGGAUAUACGUAAUAUUGUCUUCAUUUCUAAUUGUUAUUUUAUUUAUUAUUAGAGAGUUUCGCACCCACAAAUGUCACAUACGUAAACGCUAAUUUCACCUUUCAUUGUUAUUUUGACAUUUAAGCUAACGAUUACGUAUGCGUAUUUGUGAUUGACAAAAGUCUCUACUAAUAUUAAUAUUACCGUAAUCGAACUAGAGUUAGUGAUACUGCAUACCCGUAUUAAGCGAAUUUAUAACUGUUCUGCUGCUUCUAAUUUCAUUAGCUUUAAGUAUUCAUUAAAUGCUGCCAACCAUCACUAAACAUGUGCUAAGGUGUACUUAGAAAUAAAAUAAUCUAUCAGCCAUGAACCUUCAAUUCCCUUAGACUAUGUCCCUGCUGGGUAGUAUGUUGAUCAUCAUCAUGAUACUUCAUUAGUUCGCCGGAAGGACACCACAACUAUAAGGAAUUUAAACUACUGGACAUCAGCAAUGAUCAUUUAAAAAGUUUUGGCUGUCGACUUAUAUGUGCAAAUAUGAUAAAUAUUACAGAACAUUUAUAUAAAAUAGCCACGUUAUAUGAAUAUGCAGCUUAUACGAUAUAAUUCAGAUAAGCUGUCAGUAAACAUUAUCAUUAACAAAAAUAAAAUAAAACAACGCAAUACAUACCCCAAAGGUCAUUUGGUAUACAUCAUAGUAAGAUUCCUGCAGCUUCUGUAUAGUUUUUGGUGAAAAAAUGGUGCGGAAAUCAGAACCCUUGUCGACUUUAGGCAUAAAACCACCUGCGUCAAGAGUAAAAAGUUUGGAGUUGACUGCAGAAGUUUGGUUGAAAGAGAAACAAGACACUGAUGGAGCUGAAGGCCUAUGGAGGGUGCAUAAUGGUCUCUACGAUUUGACUGACUUCGUUAACAAACAUCCAGGGGGUUCCGAGUGGCUUACACUUACUAAGGGUAUUGACAUUACCGAGGCAUUUGAAGCUCAUCAUGUCACCCAAUAUCCAGAGCAACUGCUUCAGAAAUACUAUAUUCGAGAAGCCAAGACAAAAAGAAACAGUCCGUUCACUUUCGAAGAGGAUGGCUUCUAUAGAACACUCAAAAAGGAAGUCCGAGAAGUUCUGAAGACGAUACCAAAACAACCAAAACACACCUCAAACUUUUGAUAGAUGCAUUGGCUUUCUUUGUAUUUUUGUUCUCAUCAUUGGCUGUUAGACAUUGGAGUUAUUUUAUUGGUAUAUUGGCGGGAACAUUUCUAGGGAUGUUAACUGCGGCAGCCCAUAAUUAUUUCCAUCGUCGGGAUAACUUCAGGAUGUAUUACUUUCAAUUUUCAUUCAUGCAAGUAAGAGAAUGGAGGAUAAGCCACGUUUUGAGUCACCAUCUUCAUACCAAUACUAUCGAUGAUUUGGAAAUAUCAUUGUUAGAACCACUCCUGCAAUAUUUACCAACCGAUAAAGAACCUCUACAGAGAUUUGGAUCGCUGUUUAUUGCUCCAUUCUUAUGGACACUUUUCUUCCAUAUACAGUUUGUUAGAAGAAUGGUGGAGGCUUAUAAGGAAAAUGGAAAUAACCUAAAAAUGACAGAUAUAACCACUAUCAUUUUGCCCUUAUCGAUGUACGUAUUUGGAGGACAGUCUUUCAUAGCAACUUUGUGGAUGUGGAAUUUCAUUUUGCACGUAGGAGCUUUCUACUUUGGCCUUGUUGGGCUUAAUGCUGCCCAUCAUCAUCCUGACAUCUUCCACGAUGGUGAUACACCCAGGUCAGACCAAAGUUACGAUUGGGGCCUGAGCCAACUUGAUGCCAUAAUGGAUCGUAAGGAAAUAACAGGAUCACAUUUCCUCGUGUUGACCAAUUUUGGUGAUCAUUGUCUGCAUCAUUUCUUCCCAACGUUGGAUCAUGGAAUUUUGGAACAUCUCUACCCUACACUUCAAAAGUAUUGGAACAGUUUGAUGUCGAUUUACGGAUGGUUUCGCAGUGGGACACCCUCGUAGGAAGUUUUCAGCAGUUGACGAGAGUUACUACUCCGAACCCAAAUCCUCCAGACUUGAAGAAGUAUUCGAAGAAGAAAAAUUGAACAUAACUAUCAACUUAACUAAAAAAACCUCAACGCGCUUGUUACAUUAGGUGUUUUUAAGUAGAUUGAUUUUAGAUUAAUAAUAUGACGACACAGCUCUGAGUUUCACUCCUGCAAAAAACUAUAUAUCUCCCUCUUUCUCCGUUUCUCUCUCUGUCUCUCUCUCUUAUCGUAUCUGGGUUUCAUUAAGCUCUCAUCCAAGAUAUUUCGUCGACUCAUAUUAAGUAUAUUACUUUUUAGUUUUUCAAUCUCAAAAACCAUAAACUUACUCCCCAGUACCGAACGUGACCUCUAGAAUUGUAGCGAGAUGUGCAUCUCCGAGCUAGUCAAGGGGCGUCUCUUCAGUUUCCGCCACGCCAGGCAGAAUUGUUUUUGAACAUGACAGCAACCUUUCAUGGAAAGAUCAUGCCUCAACCCCUCUCAUAAUUAUUCCUAAGAUUUCGCAUUCUCACAAUUUAUUAACAACGCAGAGAAAAUAUCAAAAUCUGCGGGAACUGCCCGAGAUACUCGUAUAGCAACAAUGACACCCAAAUGUGGUGGUCAUUAGGUAUAUAUUAAUAGUUGUGAGUGGUUUACGCCUUUACCUCACAUAUGCUUAUUUUCAGGAAAGGCACACCUUUAACUUGGAAUGGGUACCUUCCGGUGGAAUAUAUCACCUGUAUAUGGUUUUUUGGACAGGCAUGAAAACAAAUCCUAUUACUCUUCGAAAUAUAUAGGUUAUCUCCAAUAGAACAGAAACAAAUAGAGACAAUGUUAAAAUGUCUCCUGAACGUCCCCAGGUCCUUAGAUAAAUUAUUUCCGCCAAUUGUCUCUAGCACUAGGGACAUGUCACUAGAUCUGACAUCACUGGUGACAGACUUGAGAAAGGCUGCCUGAUUUUUUAACGCAGGUUCAGGGUGCAGGGGUAAUGCGCUAGAUGGCCGUCAUCAACUGAAGCGCUUCGUUAGGAGAGGGCAUAAAAUGCUUCGUUUUAAGAUACAGUUAAAAAUACAGCAAUGAGCCAAAAAGCAGCUAGCUCCUAGAGAAAACGGAUGAUCUAGAGAGUAUUUUUUUCCUACGGUACUGGGCGAGUAUGUAUUGUAAUCGCAAAAAUGAAUUACUAUGCUUUUUUGAAGUACACCACGAAAAAUCAUGUAAUUCAUUUCCGUCGGUCUGUCUGUCUGAUAAUCUUUAGCCCGUCUAACUUGAGAAGUACCGCUCUGGUUUUGAUGAAAUGAACAUAAGGUUACUAGUAUGCCAAGAAUGAAAAGGUUUGUAGUUUUUGAUAAUCAGUCCAGUGGCAGCAGAGAAAAAAGUCAAAAACGAAAAAAAUUAAAAUUGCUCAUACUUUGUCGUUCCAGUGAGUCUUGAUCAUUUUCAGAAACAUUUUUGUAUUGGUUGAAUUCGGGAGUUGGAGGGGGUGGGGAAGGUAAAUGGACAUUUUAUAUGAAUACAGUCUCGGUAAGCCUAUGCGUCUAUUAGUCAUAUUUCACGCAUUUCCCCGUACAUUUGCCUUUAACCCAGAAUGCUAGAGAGAUGUCUUCAAUCCGCGUACUUCUGCUAUCUAAGCUCACCGCCUGGCUGACUAAUCGAUCCGUACAGCAGCGCAGAAAAUAUAUAAACGGACUGCGCACGAAAUGAGCGUUGGUGCCCAGUAUCUGCAAUUUUGCUUGUUCACAUAGCCGUCUAAGUGAAAAUGGGCCUCGUCACUGAAAACAACGUUCUCGAGUCUGCGCUGUGUAGGAAAAAGAUUCAACAUCCGUUCAGCACAAGAUUAGCGUAACACGUGAUCACUUUCCUUCAAACCAUGGGCUGGUUGGAUUUUAUAAGGAUGAAAACCCAUUUGUUCUUCAUUAUCCCAUGCAGUGUUGACCUUGGGAGUCCCAAAGCAGCGGAAUGCUUCUGUACAGAACUCCGAGGAUUUGCAAUGGCCUAAUCACUUACUCGACGUACAUUUUCUUCGGUUGAUACAGAAGGUGUGGGGCCAGGAAUGGGUUGACUAAGAGAAAAGCCUGUUUAACGGAACCUCUUAAUCCACUUUUUCAAUAGGUUCUUACUUGGGGCAUCUCUUGGUUCGCGAAUGUUGUAUCGUGUACAAAAUUUCCGAAGGGCAGCUGUAUAUGAAUCACCACUCUUAAAGUAAGACUCGAUAGCAAGAGCACGUUGCGCUCCGGUCCAACGUGCCAUUGUGACUACGAGUAUGUAACCCGCACGCCGAACGUGACGAUCAAAAAAUCUCCCCGCUUCCUCGCGUAUACGGUUGCCGUGUAAUUCAAAUUUGAAAUGUGAACUUUACCACUGGACACACUGUAUAUACGUAUAUUGGAUUACAUUUAGAUUGUUUCGUACCUCUAUAGUUCAUAAAUAAUAUAUCUAUUUAUUUACGGAAUAGCACAAUCAAGCUACCUUCUCACGGCGCAAGAAGACGACAGCGUGGCACGAUUGCUUUCGUGGCUCUUCGCUGGAGCGGCGUGUGAAAAUUAGACCAUCGAGGGUUAUGAUUCGCGAACUGUUCACACGAUCACUACUGAGCUUAGUCCUUGAAACCGACCAUGGAGGAACUUUUGAUUCUUCAGUUUUGAAAUGUAUUGCUAUGUUAGCGAAAAUACUAAGAGAGUCACAUGAAAGGCGAUCUGGUGAUUACAAUUCGCAUCGCUUCUGAUUUGUGUGUGCACUCCCGAAAAUCAAACGGGUUUCUGAUACCGAGCGUGCGUGGUCGUG